AUGAAAACUAUUGAGGACGCUAUUGAUGUCAUAGAAACAUUGGCUGACAAUGAGUAUUUCUAUGCCUCAGAAAGGAACAACAACAGAGGAGCUAUGGAGCUAAACAACAUGGAUGCAAUCCUGGCCCAAAACAAGAUGAUCACUAAGCAACUGGCUGAGUUAACCAAGCAAAUGGAGAAAAAUCAGGCUGCAGCCAUCCACACUCAACCAUCACCUCAAUCAGAGCCAAACACAGAGGAAGGAGUUAAUUGGGAGGAAGUUAACUACCUGGGAAAUUCAUCUAGAGGAUUCUGUGAUUCAGGGGCUAGCAUAAAUGUGAUGCCUUUGUCUUUCAUGAAGAAAUUGCAAAUCAAUGAAUUGAAACCCACAAAUGUAGUCAUCCAAUUGGCAGAUAAGACUCAGAAGCAAACUGAAGGGAUACUUGAGAAUGUAUUGGUCAGAGUGGGAAAUUACUUUCUCCCCACUGACUUUGUUGUUCUGGACAUGGAGGAAAGUCACAUCCAUCCAAUCAUCUUGGGAAGACCAUUCCUAGCCACGGCUAGAGCAAUCAUAGAUGUGGAGCAAGGAGAAUUAAUACUGAGGAUACAUAAUGAACAUCUCACUUUCCAUGUGUUUAAACCUGCAACUAACUCUGAGUCAGAACCUAAGGAGCUGGAGAAUGAUCAAAGCAAAGCACUCCUGGAAGAAAGCGACAGUGAACCGAAACCAGAGCCCUUGAAACAAUCCUUGGUGAACAAGCAAGAAUUUCAAGAAACACAACAACCAAAGGAACUCAAAGAAGAGCUGAAACCACAAAAAUUAAGGGGAGCAGUUAACAAGGACUGUCCAAUUACAAGAGUCAAUGGAGCAACACCGGAAGAAGAGGGAAAAGUAAGAAAAAAAUCGCCAAGAGGAUGGAGAAAUAAGAAGAUCCUUACAGAAGCUUUUUCCCCUAGAGACAAGGUGAUAUUAGCCCACCAUUUACCAACCCCUCCCAAUCGUCCAACCAUUCCAUCUCAGUUACCUUAG